AUGGCGGCGUCCAGGAGCACCGGAGAGGCCGGCCCCGGAGGCUCCCGUGGACGCGUGGUCCCCAUGAAGCGCAAAGUGGGCCGCGGGCCGCACCGCGGUCCAGGCGGCGGUGGGGAGAAGGCCCUGAAGAGACUGAAGCUAGCGGUGAAGGAGUUCGUGCACGCGACUUCGGAGGGCGAGGCUCCCAAGGGUUGUGGGGGGCGCGGCGACCCGGUGCGCUUCCGCCCGGGAGGGAGAAAAAGUCGCAAGGAACUGAGGAAGGAGAAGCGGCACCUUCGGAAAGCACGCCGGCUGCGGAGGACGGCGGGCCCCGACGAGGGUCCCGGCGCGGGAGGCCGAAGCGGAGCCGAAGAAGCGAGCGGUCCCCGGCGGGACACAGAGGAGCGCGCCCGCCCAGCCCCCCGUCGGGACCCCUCGCCUCCCAAAGAGCCGCAGCCGUCCCGGGUCAAGGCCAAGGUCACGGCCCCCACCGCAAAGACUAGACCCUCCGCAGCCGCCACCGCCGCUGCCCGAAAACGGGCGCUUCUAGCGGCCAACGAGGAGGAGGACCGAGAGAUCCGAAAGCUGGAGCGUUGCCUCGGCUUGAACAAGCGCAAAAAGAAGGACGGCAGCAGCUCCGUGCCGCUGAGCUUUGCACGCGACGGGCUCGACUAUAUUCUGGGAGUCCUGGAGUCUGGGAAAAAUAGCGGCUUGUACGACAGCAGUGGUGAGGAGGAGGAAGAUGCCGCACAGACACUUCCCGAAAGUGACUUAGAGAGUGACUCCCAGGACGGAAGUGAAGAGGAGGAGGAAGACGUAGAAAAGGAAAAAAAGGCGCAGGAAGCAGAAGCAGAAGCGCAGAGCGAGGACGACGACGAGGAUACAGAACAGGAACAGGGGGAAGAAAAGGAGAAGGGAACGCAGGAGAAAAGGAGGGAGAAGAGAGUCCGUUUUGCAGAAGAUGAAGAAAAGAGUGAAAAUUCCUCGGAGGACGGUGACAUAACGGAGCAGCGGAAUCUUUGUGAAAGUGGUGAAAAGUACAUCCCACCUCAUGUGCGGCGCGCUGAGGAGACAGUGGACCUCAGGAAAAAGGAAGAACUAGAAAGGCUGAAGAAACACGUGAAAGGUUUACUUAACAGGUUGAGCGAGCCCAACAUGGCUUCCAUCAGCGGGCAGCUGGAGGAGCUGUACAUGGCCCACAGCAGAAAGGACAUGAAUGACACCCUGACCUCCGCCCUCAUGAGUGCCUGUGCCACUGCCUCGGCCACGCCCAGCAGACUGAUGAUGGAGCAUGUUCUCCUGGUCGGCGUCCUUCACCACACCGUUGGAAUCGAGGUCGGUGCCCACUUUCUGGAGGCGGUGGUGAGGAAGUUCGAUGCCGUCUAUAAACAUGGAAGUGAAGGGAAAGAGUGUGACAACCUGUUCACCAUCCUCGCCCAUUUAUACAACUUCCACGUGGUUCAGUCUCUCCUCAUCUUCGACAUUUUGAAAAAACUGAUUGGAACUUUCACCGAAAAAGAUAUUGAACUGAUCUUGUUAAUGCUGAAAAACGUGGGUUUUUCGUUGAGAAAAGAUGAUGCUUUAUCACUUAAGGAACUGAUCACUGAAGCCCAGACCAGAGCCAGCAGGGCAGGCAGCGAGUUUCAGGACCAGACCAGGAUUCGGUUUAUGCUAGAGACGAUGUUGGCCCUGAAGAACAAUGACAUGCGCAAAAUUCCAGGCUAUGACCCCGAGCCUGUGGAGAAGCUGAGGAAACUGCAGAGAGCUUUGGUCCGCAGCGCCGGCUCAGGUUCUGAGACUCAGCUUCGCAUCUCCUGGGACAGCAUCUUGAAUGCGGAGCAGACAGGUCGCUGGUGGAUUGUGGGGUCUGCCUGGAGUGGGGCCCCGAUGAUCGACAACAGUCACCAUACACACCUGCAGAAGCAGCUUGCGGGGACGGUCAGCUCAAAGAUCCUAGAACUCGCCCGGAAGCAGAGGAUGAACACGGACAUCCGGAGAAACAUAUUCUGCACAAUAAUGACAAGUGAAGAUUUUUUGGAUGCUUUCGAAAAGCUUCUGAAGCUUGGACUUAAGGAUCAGCAGGAGAGAGAAAUCAUUCACGUUCUCAUGGAUUGCUGCCUUCAAGAAAAAACUUACAAUCCAUUCUAUGCUUUCCUGGCUAGCAAAUUCUGUGAAUAUGAAAGGAGAUUUCAGAUGACUUUCCAGUUCAGCAUAUGGGACAAAUUUCGGGACUUGGAAAACUUGCCAGCUACGAAUUUCUCUAAUUUGGUUCAUCUGGUGGCCCACUUGUUGAAGACAAAAUCUCUUUCCCUUUCCAUCUUAAAGGUAGUUGAAUUCAGUGAACUGGACAAACCCAGAGUGCACUUUUUACGAAAAGUAUUAAGUAUCCUGUUAACGGAAACAGAAACUGAAGACCUCAGUUUGAUUUUCACAAGAGUAUCUGACAAUCCAAAGCUGGGGAUGUUACGUGAGGGUUUGAAGCUUUUCAUCAGCCACUUCCUGCUAAAGAACGCACAGGCCCACAGAAGCGCCGACCAAGCCAACGUGCUGCGAGAGAGAGCUGACCUUGUGACAAAGUGUCUGCAAGGAAAAGCUUCCCUGAGAAUGUAGUCAGGGAAGGAAGGAAGGCAGGUGGCCCUUUGACCGUAAAAUGUCCUUGAGACAGAGUUUCACCAUGUUGGUCGGGCUAGCGUCAAACUCCUGACCUCGUGAUCUGCCCGCCUCGGCCUCCCGAAGUACUGGGAUUACCAUGAGCCACUGAGCCUGACCAGUAAGUCCUCAUUUCUUCAGGGUCAACUAUUGGAGCUUUAUUUUGUUGCUUUAAAGGUGUCAUAUUUCCUUGAUUCUUUGUAUAUAUAUAUUUUUGAAGACUUGCACUGCUAUCCUCACAUUUGAAGAAGCAGUCACCUCCUUUAGUCUUACAUAAUUGUUUCUUAUUUAAAAAUGUUUAAUGUUUUAUUUUUUUAAGAGAUGGGAUCUCACUAUGUUGCCCAGGGUGGUCUCAAACUCCUGGCCUCAAGUGAUCCUCCCACCUCAGCCUCCCAAAGUGCUGGGAUUACAGGUGUAAGCCACCAUGCUGCGCUCUCCCCUAGUCUUUGUUGACUGACCUUGGGAGAGAAAGACCUUCAUCAGUUAUCCUAGCUAAGGAUUUGAGAGGUCUCUCAGAUCUUUUCUGUAGAUGCACCCACUCUACUCCUGUUGUUCCCUCUUAGGGAGAGAUGUCUUAGGUUGUAAGCUUCUGUCAGUCCUCCAAAGCCAGUUCUAUGCUGAACACCUUCCAUUUCCCCUAGUGUAGUGCACUGAAGAAUUCAAGGUUGGGCACCUUCUCCCAGUGGAGCAGAGUCAAGCUAGAUGCUCAGAUGUGCAUCUGCUGUUGAGAUCUGUGUACUGUUUGGGAGGAGGGUGCAUGAGACACCAUACGCUGAGGGGUACGUGGGGUGCUGGGGGCAGGGAUCAGUUGGUUGGGGGGCCCACAGGCAAGUCGUUCUGUGGGUUCCCAGUCGGGCCUCCUGGUGGAGUGUUGGCUGGUUAGUGGGAUCCCUGGCUGGUUGUUGUUUGCUGGGCAUGUCCUUCCCUUCUAGCAGUACCCAGAUGACUCAGCCAUGCUGAUUCCUCAGUGUUCUGGGGAGAGACACAGGUGGGCUACCGGGCAGCAUCCUGUAAGGUUGGGGAAGCUGGUGCUCACUUAGUGCUCAGUUUCCCUGUGAGAGAAACCACAGGCCCAGGGGGCUUCAUUGGAGGAGGACUGGCACAGGUAAAGUGAACCUUCUUAGCCUCUUCAGUGUGCUCGCUUUGCCCUGCGGGGUGCUAGAACCUCUCUGUGUUUCUGUGUGGGCAUGAGGGCUGGAACCUCCUAUUCUGUCAUCUUCCUGGCCUCUUCCUACAAGUAUUUUUAUGCUCAAAUUGCCCCCAAUUUGGCCAGUGGGAGGGCCUUCAGGCUGGCUCCUCUAGCCCUCUCACAUGUCCCCAAUGUUGUUCAGCAUUUCCUUAUUUUCUGGCACUAGAUUUUCUAAGGCUCACCCUGCACUCUCUCUGCCCUUACCUGGAAAGAGUCAUUUCUCCAAGAGCUCUGUUCCCUUUGAAUAGAGAAUGGUAUUUAAAAACCAAGAAAUGGAUUUUAGGUGUGCCAGUUGUUUCUGGGGUGCCAUAGCUUCUAGGGCCCUUCGGUGGACUAGAGCUGGGAAGGAAACUGUGUAUCAUAUAUAAUACAUCUACACAUACAGACUGUGUGUGUAUCAUAUAUAAUACAUAUGUACAUAUAAACUGUGUGUAUCAUAUACAUCUGUACAUAUAAACUGAAUCAUAUAAUAUACCUGCACAUAUACACUAUCAUAUGUAAGAAAUACAUCUGCACAUAUAAACUGUGUGUAUCAUAUAUAAUACAUCUGCACACAUGUUCCUCUAUGUAUUAAAAACCAAAUUCUUGCAGACCACCCCCAUUCUCAUGCAGCAUUUAGGGCUGUGGCUAGCCUUUCCCAGGUUUAAGAAACCUGUCUUUCAGCAUGAUAAACACAUGUACUUAUUUGCUCAGUCCUGUAAUAUGCAGAAAGUAGUUUUAGAAUUGCCAAAACCAUACAACUGGGAAAAAUCAGCAUGAUUACUUCAACAUGUGUUUGUAGCUCCUUAUGUCCUGGCGCUGGACAUGGAGGGAAAGCACGGACUGUUCCAAGUUUCAUUUUUCCCCUUCUCUGAAAUGCAGAGGGCGUUGUUUCUGUUUGUAUUUCAUUUGGGUCCCCCUCUAGCCUUAUUCAUAAAUUUGUAAAUUAUCUUUAACAAUCUUUAACAAUCUGUUAUAUUUAUGAUAUUUUACUGCGUGCUUCCUGUGAAAAUGUUUCCUUCUGACACGAUCCAGAACAACUAGGCUUUUAAAUUCCAAAUAUUCCUGUUUCACAAUAAGCCAGAUGAGUUCCUCUGUUGUGCCACAGCUUUGGGAAUGUGGUUUAUUACCAAUGGAAGUGGCUGCGUGGCUUGUUACGGUUUUACUUACACGUGAGUAACAACCAGAGCCCUUCUGUGUCAGGUGCCGCUGAUCAAGGCUGGCUCAUGGGGACCUCACUGUCCAGAACGGGUGUUUCCCACAGCCCGGCCCAGCUGUCUACCACUUCUGCCCAUUUCAGAGGGGCUUUGCUGAGAUUAAGUGGGGUGAAGCGCUCUGAGAACCUCAGUCCUAAAGAAUAGCAGUUAUACUGGUUUUUGUAUUAUAUUUACAUAUUCUUCUUGUUAAUAUACUGGUUUUAAUGUUCACUGUUCUCUUGUUUAAUUUUGUCUUAAAAAUUUUUUUUGUUAAGAUAGAUCAUUUGAAUAGUGGCACCCAGAGGGGCCGGGGUCUCAUAAAGCUGGUCAGACGCCCCCUCUGGAUUGGGGUGUAGGAAGCAGCUGUGCAGCCGGGUCCCAGGUAGGGAGGCAUGGUGUGAAGGCUGUGAGCAGGAGCCCUGGGGCGGAGGGCCAGGAGAAGGCUGGAUACAGGUCCAUCGGUGGCAGCUGGGUGGGCAGAGCAGAGAGGCUGCAUCUGCACGAUGGCAGGGCCCUGGUGUGGGAGCAGCAGAUGGGGCUCCCGGGUGCGGUGCCUCCUUCCCACAUCCCUGCUGCUCCUGCAUCUGCUGCUGGAGACGACCACGACGUACUCGGACCCCGUCACCGGAGAGCUCCAGAUGUGGUGAGGGCUGCACGUUAGCUGCAUAGGCACAUCUGGAAGGUGAGACAGACCUGCCCACCAUCUCCAUGCCUGGCCCAUGGUUGUAGGCAUGCAGGGCCCCUCUGUGGCAGGUGUGGGCUGCACCAGCUACCUGGAGAGGCAUUGGGGGGCGGGGCCUCACUUGACGGGCAGAUUCUCCCAGCCAGUCCAGGCCCAGCGGCUGGAGCAUCCCAUCCAGCAAAUUGUCCUGCAAGUUGCCCUGGAGACCCAGUGUCUGUCAUCAUGUCUCACUGCCCUGCCAAAUGCCUCUGCGGCGAUAAUGAGAGCGGCUCUGCCUUCUGCACUGAAUGCCGACAGGUGGCCAGAGCAUGACACUGGGGUUAUGCAGUGCCCUGGUUGAUAUUCUAGUUCACCAGGAAGCUUCUGGAAUGAUUUUUUUUUUCUUUCUUUCUUUCUUCCUUUUUUUUUUUUUU